AUGUUAUUAUCCCUUUCCUCCACGCUAGAGCUGUGCAUUUCCCUCAAACCCAUCGUUCCGGAUUCCGAGUCAUAUUCAAUCAACAAUGCGAGCGCACUCCACUUGCAGGAGACCCCAGAAGGAAUGAAGCCAAGUCACUUUUGGCGUGAGAAAAGAUGUUACAUUCAGAAUGUGCAGUAA